UCUCAGACCUUUACUAUUUAACAAGCUGUAACUCUCAGACUGUAACAGUAGCAGCAGUGUGAGGAUCCGCCAUCAUGGAUUUCCAGCACAGAGCUGGAGGGAAAACGGGCAGCGGCGGCGUCGCCUCGUCGUCCGAGAGCAACCGAGACCGGCGUGAGCGACUGCGGCAGCUUGCGCUUGAGACAAUAGACAUCAAUAAAGAUCCAUACUUCAUGAAAAACCACUUGGGUUCUUAUGAGUGUAAACUGUGUCUCACACUUCACAAUAAUGAGGGAAGUUAUCUCGCUCACACACAAGGCAAAAAGCACCAGUCUAACCUAGCGAGACGAGCCGCAAAAGAGGCAAAGGACGCCCCGGCACAACCUGCCCCAGAGAAAGUCAAGGUUGAAGUGAAGAAGUUUGUCAAGAUUGGCAGACCGGGUUAUAAAGUAACCAAACAAAGGGAUCCAGAGGUCGGACAGCAGAGUCUGCUUUUCCAGAUUGAUUACCCAGAGAUAGCAGAAGGCAUCGGGCCGAGGCAUCGCUUCAUGUCAGCAUAUGAGCAGAGAAUCGAGCCUCCAGACCGUCGCUGGCAGUAUCUUCUGUUCGCUGCUGAGCCGUAUGAAACCAUCGCAUUCAAGGUUCCCAGUCGAGAGAUUGAUAAAGCCGAGACCCGUUUUUGGACACACUGGAACAGGGAAACAAAACAGUUUUUCCUGCAGUUUCACUUUAAGAUGGAGAAAGCUAUGCCCCCUCCACCGGGACAGGGAGCGCCGGUCGGCGUGAAGCGUCCACCUUCGCUGAUCACUGGACUCGGCCCACGUCCGCUCGGUGACUCCAUGCCGCCGCCACCGCCUGGAGGAAUCCCAGGAAUGCCCCCUCUGCCCCCCGGAGCCCCCGUCCCGCAUCACAUGCCCCCACAAAUGCCCCCUCCAGGUGCACUACCCCCUCACCUGAGGCCGCCGCUCCCCUCUGACGGGAUGCCACAUAAUGCUGGACAUCCAUGAUCGUCUCUAAAUGAUUCAUUUGUAUUUCUGUAGACGCACAUGGACACGUUUGUAAACCAGCGUUUCUUCAAUUUCAUGUGCUUAACCCUCAAAAUAUGUAGUUUUGUGAAUUUAUACAGAUUGAGACUUCAGUGAAGAGGAUCUCACUGCUCUUGUCCAAUGAUGGACAAUGUCCAAAUGUUAUUUUUAUGCUUUUUUUAUUAUUAUUAAAACCUCCUUAAAGUCGACAUGAAA